AAGUCUCUUAUUGAGUAUUUUUAGAUAAAACAUAAAAAGUUAAAAAAAAAAAAAAAUGAAUACUAUUUUUUUUUACGCAUUGUUGACUAUUACUGUGACUAUUGUCCCUUCUACAGCCACAGGCUCAAAAGAUGUUAAUAACAACAUAGAAGCUUUUAAAUACCGUUGUAAUUUAGAAGAAAACCACUGUAUUAAGAUUAUCAAUGAAAAGAGAGAGUCGUGCUACUCAAGUCAAAAUGGUAACAAAACAAAAGCACCAUGUAGUAAUGACGAAGAUUGUGUGAACACAAAUGAUUGUACAACCCUUUCGGAUGGUUCGCAAUCAUAUAAAAGUUUCAUUAACGAUCGAUCUCAAGUAUUCGUUAGCUCCACCACCACCACUACUCCACCACAUGUUGUAAAUAAUAACAAUAUUAGAGGUACAAUUCAUGUUCAUGAACGUUAAAAAUGCUCGAAUCGUUUAUCUUGCAGUUCUUUUUGAAGAAGGUGAUUUAAAUGACGACAAUAUAGUAAGUUUUGACACCUUAGAUGAAGCAAUAAACAUAAUGGGUUACAAUAUUAACGACGCGGCUAAAAUUAAAAUUAGUGGGCAAAAACUCUUCGAAGGUCUUUUACCAGAUGAUAUUAAAAUUGGUCACCGUAAUUUUUUUAAAUAUCGUGGUUCUUUAACAUAUCCGCCCUGCUCAGAUGCACAAUGGUUUGUUGUGGUUAAUUCUAAACAUAAAGUGCCUACUAAAUUUUUGGAAACACUCCGAAAGCUUCGCUCAAGAAUGGGUAGCUCAAAUAAUCAGAAUAAUUUAAUGUGUGAUAACUUCAGACCGAUUCAGAAAAACAAGGAGAAGGUUUUUUCGUUACAAAACAAUAAGAAUUGAAUAUUAAAAAAAACUUUAUUUUUA